AAAUCGGCAACAGAAUUACCGCGCGAAGAUAUGAUAUUAUGAAACUAUGGCUUAGAACUGUGCGUGUAAAGUCCAGCUGCCUGACGAAAAGCCAAACAACAUUUCAGCUAUUAGAUAUUAUGAGCUGAAUGUGGGAGUGAUGAGGAUUCAGUAAAGGCUUGCAUUGAGAUGAAGGCGAGCAAACAUGGCUGAAGUCAGACUGAAGAAAAUCACAGACAGCAUCGGGUUGAUGCAGAAAAACUUGGAGUGUUCAAUUUGUUUGGACUUGCUUCAGGAUCCUGUUUCAACAAAGUGUGAUCAUCAAUUCUGCAACUUCUGUGUUCUAGCGUUGUUGCAGAGUUCCAGUAAGCCUUCUGCACGCUGCCCUCUAUGUAAGAUUGUCAUCACUAAAAGGAGCUUGACCAAGAAUGAGCAGUUGGAUGGGAUCGUGAAAGCUGUACGCUCCGUCAUUACUGCCGUGGAAGAGGACUCGGGAUUACGAUGUUCUCCACCACGAGGUCCAGUCCUCUUCUCCCAGCCCGACCCGAAGCCCAGAGAGCCGACGCCUCAGAAGAAGGCGAAAGGUCAAAUAUCUUCCAAGGUCAAAGGUCAAGGGCGAGCUGGCAACGUGCGAAAGACCAAAAGGAAAGCUGCCGAGACUGUGAGUGUGUAUCGAGAUGACAGUGAAUCCAGCGACAGUGAUGCUUUCGAGCUUCCUCUAGUUGGUCAUACUAACAUCAGUUCAUCCUUCCCAAGACUGAAGACCGGUGGCAAAAAGGGUUACCAUGAUGAUGAUCAAGAAUUGGAGAAAGAGGCAGAGGAUCUUCUGGCCGCUCUAAACGCUGCACCCCUAACCAGCCGUAGGGAUAUCAUCUCCGGCUACAGCAACGAGUUAAACCGGCUAAAUAAUGAAAUCAAUCUACUUCCAAUCAAUUCUGGACAUCCCGAGGAAAAAGGGAGUCGUAUACUUGACAGUCAACCAAAUAUAUCUCAGAAUCUGACGACUCCUGCAGAUUCAGAAAUCUUUGUGGUGCCUGCACCUAGAGUCCUUGGCCAAGUGAACAAUCCUAAAGAAGGGGAUCAAGAUCCGUAUGAGUUUGUGCCCAGCCAGCGCACCCCACGGAAAGUGAAAAAGAAAGCUGGGAGAAAGAAGAAUCAGAAUGGAAAGAAGGAAUUUCCAAUCAGGAACGGGAGGUUUACAAAACUGGGAGCUCCAAAGAGGGAUCAUAGGAGUGCCAGUAGCUGCUCUGAAAGCGAUCAAGAGAGUGCAAUAAACCAAAGCAAGACUGUAGAUGAGGGUGUGAAGCUUAUUGCUAAAGCCAACUCAAAGGGACAGAAUGCAACUCGAACAUCCAGUCAUCUUAAGAAUGGAGGUAAGGAAUCACAUACCCAUCUCGCAAAGGAGGAUGAAACUCCCACAGCCAUCAUUGAAGAUGUUGACCUUAUGGAUAGUGCAGAUGUAGUCAUGGAUGAUACUGUUGCUCGUCUUGACAACGAAGGUGGUAACUGUCUCAAAACUAAUGGUAAUGCUCAAGAGAAGGUCCCACAUGUGGAACGGAACCUGAUAAAACAUCCUCUACCUAUUACACCUGUUGUGGUCAUCAGAAGACCAAGGGGAGCUGGUGGCAAUAUCCAAGGGAGCCAGCAGUCAUCUGAAGGAGGGAUGAUGAUCGACUCCCAGCCGGUAGUGAUCAACAAGAAUCAUGGAAGAAGGGUCUUUGCCACUACCUAUGGCAAAGUAAAGAAUGGGGUGGACAAGAGUCCGCCUCUCGAUCCACAGGAUAGGAUCCUAGACUGGCUGGUCAGUAAGAAUGCAGGAAGUGAUGAGUCUGAUGAUGAUGGAGAAGAAGAGGAGAAAGAGGGGGCAGAAAAUUCAGAAGAACACUCAGACAUUCUUGUUACUCAAGGAACCGAUCAAGGAAGUGAUGAUGUAAAUUACGAGAGUUUGCCUUUGGAGGAAGGCAAAUGUACCCCAGAAGUCCUCCCCAAAGUAAUCACCAUUGUAGAUCAGUCAGAACCAGUUGAGGAAUCAAAAUCAAAAGAAGACCAAAUUAACCAAAUGAAACUUACUCCCCAAAAGAGAGAUAAAACAGGAGUAUUAGAGAGUAGAAAUGGCAGACGUCAUUCAGGUAGACUCAACAAAGAAUCAAGAGAAGAAAAGAGGACACUGGAUCAUGCAGGAGGUGAAGAAGACAUCCAUGACAUUGAAGAUUCAACUAUGAAUACAUCCACAAAGAAUGUGGACAAAGAAUCUCCCCCCAGACGUAGAACCGUGAAGCAGCGCAUGGAAGAAAACUUCAAGGAACAGGCCAAAGCUGCAAAGAAGGAAUCAGCAGCUGCGAGAAAGGAAUCGAAAGCUGCCACAAUCAAGAGCGACUGGGAGCUAGCUCUUGAGCUGGCCCGUCAGUUCGGCACCGAGCCAGAGCAUCUCAAAGGUGAACCCACUGAAACUGGUGGAAGAUCAUCCCGAAGGAGGAAGGGUAAACUUACCAUUGAGAAGGUUCCUGAGAGUAUACCUGUCAGGAAAUCUAAAGGCCAUGUCCAAGAAAAUCAGCAGAAAGAAUCUAAUGAAACAAUUGAUAUUGAUUCAUUUGAAACUCAAAAUCUCAAAAGAGUUCCUGUCAAAACAACUGUUAAAGAAAGAACUAGUACUGGAGCAGAUAAAAGGAAGGCUUCAGCCUCUGAUAAAAGAAAAGCUUCUCCAGGAAUUCAGAGAAAUAUCCAUGCAAAGGAUCAGAAUGGUGAAGUCUUACAGAAUGACACUCCUGAAGCAAGAGUUUUGACAAUUCCUGAGACUCCCUUUAUUUUAGACCAACCCAAAGGAAAGAAGAGUCUUGAGGGAGAACUGUCUCCCAAAACUGGAAUCGUCGAGGUAGAAUGUCAAGAGCAGAAUUUGGAAUCAUCAAGGCCAGGGAAAGUAGAGGAUACUAAGAGCUCCAUGAAUCAACAACCUGCAGAUGACUGCACCCCUGAAAGCAAAUCAUCCCAACGGUUGACCCCAUCAUUGAGAAGGUCUAAACGUGGUUCUCAUCCAGGGCCUCCUAACAGCAACAACAAUGUUCCUGAAGAAGUGUUGUCUGGUAGAGUGGAGAAGAAGAAGAAAGCUAAGGUAUCAGAAGAAGUUCAACAAAAUGAGACAGAUCCAGAAAGAAUAAGAGGAGUUGUGAGAGAACUAUGUGGUGCAGGUGAUGUGGCUAAUGAAGCAGAAUUAAGUUUGCCAGCCAUUGAGCGAGCAGAGAGAGAAGCAGGAGAGAACGUUGAAGUUGAAGUACCAACUCAAGCAUCUCUGCCUCUUUAUACUGAGGACAUUCCCAAAGUUGACAACGAUGAAGUCAGUCCUAAAAAGUGCAGAGGAUCAGAUACUACAGAGUCCAUUGACUUGGAAAUCGAUAGCGACGAAUAUGAAGACCCAGAUGGAGCUUUGGAGAAAGAGUUUGAACCAUCAACAGGAGGGUCAUCAGCUAAGAAAGAUGUUAACAGUCCUCCUAAAAAACAACAAAAGCCUCCUCUUGAUGAUGAGAUGUCCAUUAUGGAAUGUAUUCUGCCUUCAAUGUCCAGUCAACAAAAUCCUGAUUUGGGAAUUUCUCCAGGCCCCAGUGGAAACAGCAGUGGCACAGCUUCUGAUCAGGUGCAAACAGAAGUAGAUGUUUGCUUGAGCAAGAAGCCUGAUGAGGUCCUGACAGUACUAUCGGGUUCAAGCUCCUCAGCGCAGCAGGCAAGUCAAGCAAGUGUGACAAUCAUUUCACAGACAAAGACCUCAGGAUCGUUUCCAGUUUCUCUUGAUUUGAACUCCCAGCCAAGCGAAUCCCUGCUACUGCCUCUGAAGCAAUCAAAGAGGAAAGCUUCCGAGGAUGGGAGACAAGGAAGCAAUCUGCACACACCAGAUGGUGAUAUUGUCAAGGAGCCUGCCAUGCAGACUUCACCGGGAGCUAUACAACAGGUUGAUGGUCUAAAGGAAGCCUGUGGUGGCAGUGACUUGCAAGGGGUUCAGACUUCUUCAGGGUCAGGUAAUAGCAGACCAACAAGGAGAAUAUCCCGUAGGAAACGAAAGACAUUCACUAUUGAUGCAAGUCCAUCUGCUCCAGCUUCAAAGAAAGCCACUCUGCCAAGUCAGAACAUUCAAAUAAUUCCUGAUAGUCUCGAGCAACCUACUGCAUCUUCAAACAAAUCAAACCUGACAAAAGAGGCCAACCAAUAUCAAAAGGAUCCAGAAGCACCUAGUCAUAAAGAAACAUGUGAAGCUGAUGAAGACAUAGAUUUUGUUGAAAACAUGAAGUCACCUUCCUGUCAAAGGUCGGUCAGGAAGGGAUCUAAGUCACCUCAGGAUAGCAAGACAUUAGAAGUUGCAGAUGAAACCUUGACAUCUCAACAGACAGCAAGUCCAAUGACAAGAAAGAAAAGUAAGUCCCUACCUUUAUCUGACAGCCAGAGCAAUAGAAGUGCUGUCAAGAAUAUAGAAGAUUCUGAAAAAGAAUCUCCAUCUUGUGCUUAUACUUCUCAGGAGACUGUGGUGUCAGUUGCAAGUAAAUCAUCAUUGACGUUGAAAAGGAAAAGCCGCAGUGGUGGUAGACUCACCACUCAGAGUCCUAUUCGAGGUAGCGAUGUUGAGGAACCAGUUGUGCAGCCUAGUCCAUCCAAUCCAGGUGGUGAUUUUGAUGGCAAUUGCAACGAGGCCUCAAGCCUUAGAGGUGGAAGACGUUCUUCCAGUAGAAGGAACAAGAUAUCUACCAAAUCAGAUUGGUUAGUAUCGGAUGGCAGUGCAAUCCCGACAACACAAGGUGCAUCUGAAAUGAAUGAACGGUCAUCAGAUGUCAUCAUUUCUGCCAGAGCAUUCCAACUGCAGUCAAAGAAAACCCUGCAUGAAGGGCCAGAGAAUCCUCAGCGCACACCAGGGUCUUCACCUAGGGUGCUACGAAGAAGUGCAAGACAAUCAAGAGAUAUGGUCCAGCCACGAAAUGAGUCUGCUAUGAGUAAUACUGCAAAGGAGGAACAGGAAAUCGAACAAAGAAUUAGCACUCCACCUCAAGAAUGCAUCACCGUUGUUGAUGAAAGCAUUGGAAUGUCCUUGGCCGAGAAGGAAGCGUCUCAGGAGUGCAACAGAUCCUUGGACACCUGCAAUUUCGACGAGGAGUCCAGGGAUAUGUUUGACGAGGAAGAAACAGCUGGUAAUCAGGGAGCCAAGGGAAUUGAAGAAUCCCAGAGCAUGAAUGCAGAGAUUCUGCUUCUGUCCAAGGACCUUAAUGCAAAAGAUACUUGUAGCUCAAGUGAUCUAGAUAAUUCAGAAAAGCCAUCUGGUAAUGCAUCACAAUUUCAGCAGGUAAUGCAGAAGGAAACACCAAGAUCUACAAGAAAAUCUCAAAAUCUUAAUGUACCCGAUGAGAUUGAUGAAACAAAGGAUGCAAUGAUGUCACAAGGCAGUUGUCAAUAUGAGGAAACUGAAGCCCUCAUACCACCCACCCCUCCUUGUCAUGACAUGUCCAAGUCCCGCAUGUCGUCCUUUCUUCAUACAAGUGGACUCUCAAAAGCAAUACCAAAGAAAAAGAAGGCACAGGAAGAGUUGGAACCUGAUAUGAGUUCUCUCCUGUGUCCCAGUGAAGAUACCACCAAAGAACAGGACUUUGUUCGGUCAAAGAGUCUCGUCAUGGAGACGCCGACUGUUGUGUCCAGAAAGAGAAACAAAGUACCUCGGUCUCAGACUGAAGACAAAAGCAUAGCGGACACUCCUGUAAAACGAAAACGUGGGUCAGUGGAUCGAAGAGAGAAAAGUGCUAGAGACCAGAAUGUUGUGACUGUUCAAGGUGGAGAUCAGGAAGUUGCCUCCGAGCACCCUGAGUUGUCGCCUAGGGAGCCUUCAGUUUGUGACUUGAGGCUGAAUGGACCACGAAGUAAGACAUGUAGGAAGGUAACAUCUCAGAUUAUUGGAGACACACAAUCAGAACCUCCCAUCAAAUCCUCGAACGAAAGCGAUGAAAUACCGAAAACGACCAUUAGACGGAGAAAGCAGGUGAUCACAGACGAUGUAAGUGAUGAUGACGAUGAUGAGGAGGAGGAAGAGGAGGAGGGCUUUAUCGGGAGACAGAAACGCAGGAAGUCUCGGAGAAUGGUUCAAGUUGCAAGAGAUGAGGAAGAUGAAAGUGAUGAUGAACUGAUACCAUGUUCCUUUUUGCAGACCUCGGUCCAGAAACCUGUAGAGAAAGUUGAAGAUGAUGAUGAGGACAACCCCAUGGUACUCUUCGGAGACCACACAGGUCCUCACCUUAGCCAUGGAGCAUAUGGAGGGUCUGUGAGUUCCGAAGAUAGUUGUGCCAGUCAUCACAUGAACCUCACCAGUGCUUCAUCUAUUCCCUCCAGUCAGAGUGAGAUCAUGAACACACAGCAACAAGAGAAGACUCGUGAAGACAUGGAGGCCCUCGAGGAGCAGAUGGCAGAGCUGCAUGCAGCACUGGCCAGAGAGAGAGGGAGCAGGAGCCACGAUGAUACUAAUGAUGAAGACGAGGAAGAGAAGGUGGAGGCGGAGGAGAGUCCCCAAGGUUUCAUCGUCGAAGAAACAGAAGGGGCAUCCACUCCUGCUUCAAAGAAGCAAAACAACUCGGCAAGGUCUCGACAAAGUAGCCCAGGAAGGACAAAGCGUAGAAGCAAAGCGCUGGAAACCUCAGACGAAGAGGACGAGAUGGAUGAUGAGAAGGACAUGAUUGAACCAAGAUCUCCGUCUCCUCCUCCACCCUUGUCACCGAGCACCGUCAGGAAGGCAUCAUCGUCGUUGUCGAUGUCGGACAGUAUCCGCUCCGUCACCAGUAUGGUGGAGCAGUACCGAAAGAGUAGCUCUAAGAAGGUCACUACGAAGAAGAGACGGAUAGAGGACGACCCGAAGGAUGCCUCUGGUAAUGAUGAUGGGAGUGAUGAUGAUGUUGCCAUGGUUUCAUGCAAGUCAUCUAGGAAUUCUUCUUCACCUAGGGCAGGGGCGUCGAGAACAAGCUCCAAGAAGAGAAGAGUAGACAGUGUGGACAGCGAUGGGGACUUAAUUCAAGAUAGGGUGAACUCACCAGCAAAGUCGAGAUCAAACUCAGUCGGUAGGACAGUUGAAGAACGUAAAACUGUUCAUUCCGUUACACCUCCUUCAAGAACAACUCCAACACUCAGUUCCAGUAGAGCAUCAGCCAGUGGAAGGUCACUGUCUAAGACACAACAAGGAAGGGGUCACGGCACCCCAGGAAUCGCCACUCCUCGGGGCCAUCAGACCCCCAAGUUUCGCACCCUGCAAGACCGACUGACACCUGGAAGAACCCCUGGGGCCUCCUCGGUACCAAGCCCAGUGGAUGUCUCUAUGAAGACUCAGAGGUCACCCGCCCACUCUGAGAGAAGGUCUGGAGAUCAGUCUCUGAGAACUCCUGAAGCAGGACCAGGUCCAAGUCCUAGACCUUCCUCUCGACCCAUGUCCCUCAUCGCUACUGGUCUGAAUAGAUUAGAACUGCGUCAAGUCGAGCAACUGACAAGUCAGCUAGCCAACUGUCGUUUUGCCAGUGCCUUCAACGCCAACACCACUCACGUCAUCGUCAAGACAGAUUCUUCCCUAGUUUGCGAGCGUACUCUAAAAUAUUUCCAAGGCAUUGCAGCUCGUGCAUGGAUCGUUAGCUUUCAAUGGGUUCAUGAUAGCCUGAAAGCAAGAAAAAUCCUGGCGGAGGAAGACUAUGAGGUCAGAGGUGACGUGGUGAAUGGUGAGGACCAUCACGGACCCAAGAGGGCCAGGACUGUGGAAGGACCAGGCUUCAUGGCUAAAUUUGAUCUAUGCUGCAUAGGACCGUUUACUGGACUCAACAAAGAUCAGCUAGUAGGUCUGUGUGAGAUGUGUGGUGCCUCCACAGUCCAGCAUCCAUCUCUCUUUCCCUACAACCCCGGUAGGAAGGCCUUCAUCGUCGUAGAACCCAACCUAGACACAGACAGAAACUACCAAGGUCUGCAGAGAAAGUUCAGAGUUCCUGUGAUUUCGAGAGAGUGGGUGUUGGACAGUAUAGCCCUUUAUAAGAGUCAGCCAAUCACAGAUUACCUUUUAACUGAUUUCACCAGCCCCAUGACAGAUCAGCCAACCAUAGAUCUUGAUAGUGAUGAUGAUCAGUGAUACCUAAAGAGUGGGUGUUAGACAUUAUAGUCCUUUAUAAGAGUCAACCAAUCACAGAUUACCUUUUAACUGAUUUUACCAGCCCCAUGACAGAUCAGCCAACCAUAGACCUUGAUAGUGAUGAUGAUCAGUGAUACCUAAAGAGUGGGUGUUAGACAGUAUAGCCCUUUAUAAGAGUCAGCCAAUCACAGAGUACCUUUUGACUGAUUUCACCAGCCCCAUGACAGAUCAACCAACCAUAGACCUUGUUAGUGAUGAUGAUCAGUGAUACCUAAAGAGUGGGUGUUAGACAGUAUAGCCCUUUAUAAGAAUCAGCCAAUCACAGAGUACCUCAUAUCUGAUCCUACCAGCCCCAUGACAAAUCAGCCAAUCAUAGACCUCAAUAGUGAAACUCUGAUAGUGAUGAUGAUCACUGAUCUUCGGUGAGUUGAUCUUUGACAGCAUAGCCCAUCAUAAGUAUCAACCAAUCAAAACUUGUCUUCUAUCUGAUUACGCCACCCCAACUAGAGAUCAGCCAAUCAUAGACCUUCAUAGUGAUGAUAAUCAGUGAAGACUGCCUGCUCAGUAGAUUAUACAGUAUGAAAGCUUCGGAGAAACGAUGGACCAUUUCUUCAAUUAUUUAUCUUAUUAGAAACCUCAUAUUAUGCCUCCCUGCUAUGUCUUCUAAGGUUUAGUAUACAUAGUAAAGCUGUUGCUUUUGACCGCAUAUGCAUAUUAACGCUUUCAUUUCAUCCACAUAUAUAUAUGUUAUGUGCAAAAAUGUAUUAUCACUAUACACCAAUAUCUAAUAUUUUCUUAUAAGUCGUUGAGAUAAGUACACAUAUAUCGGCAUGAAAUAUUUUUUUUAUUAAAAAAUAAUAAGUUAAAAUGACAUUACACGUACAAUGAUAUUGACUAUUACGCUUACAAGUUAUUUUGUAUUGAUGCAAGACAAACAUACAAGCAUAAUUUCAGUCAUUUAGCAGACUUACUAGCUUACAGACAUGUUUAUACUAUUUGCAUUACUCUUCUAAGGUGGCUGCCCUUGGUUAUCCCAAGGCUUGCAUAACCCAUACCUGAUAUAGCAACAUAUACAUGUGUAUAUAUCUGAUGUUUGUAUUAUUAAAAUACGUUAACACUUUGUACGUAAGGUGAUGUCAAUUCUGAGCAUAUAUUGAAGAAGAUAUCAAUGAAUUUGAAUAUUCGUCAGCUGUCUGCAAGUAGCAAGUAGUAAGAGCUAUAAAUCGUCUAUAGCAGUAACGUGCUUGCAGGCACCCGACUUAUUACUACAAGGACACAUGCGUAUUAUAUUUUCUGCAAUUCUCAGUUUGCUUUAAACCAAAAAGUAAAGCCAACUACGCUCAUCACUAAUAAGUCAUUCAAGAAAAUUGGAUUGUAAAACCCAUUGCAAUUUUUUUUUUUUUUUUUUUUUUUUUGGGGGGGGGGGGGGUUUAAUUGGCAUUUUAGUAAAACUGAUUCUGUUUUAUUUAUCAUGAAUAAUACAGAUGAAUGGUUACUAGUUUCCUAAUUUCAUCUCAUUUUUAAUUUGUCAUAUUUGCCUCCAGUGAAAUGAUUUCUUUAUAAUUUUGUAUGAUAGUGUACAUAUGUAUAACAUAAUUGGCCUUAAAGAAAGCACUAAGCAUAAAUGAAAUUAUGCAUUUCCUUUUUUUACAUUAAAAAAUUUGAUUUAACAAAUU